AUGACAGACGCAAGUAAUGAUGCGUGCAGGAGAGGAGCGGUUCGUUCAACGGCGUCACUGUCUUGGUUCCAUUGUUCCGAGGGGUCCCCGAGGAAGAUAAGGCAGGGUGCAGGGUUGAGCUUGCAGAAAGUUACCCUGCGAAGUCGGGUCACGUCUGUGCGGACUGACUGGCUCAGAAAGCUGGUGGUCCAAGAUCUGUUCGCCCAAGGAGAGGGGGAAGGGAGGUCUGGUUCGCCGGCUAGCAAUCCGAUUUCCGAAGCUACUACAAGUGUGUCAUGGGCUCGGUACUCGGUAAUCUACGUCGAGUCUUUGAUGGUGCACAAAUAUGAUAGUCCGAGUCGUGGUAGAAACAAGAAUUAUACCUAUUAA